AUGAAGCUGAUGGAAAGAGAGGGCAUGGUAUCAUUGGUGCUUUGUUUGAUUUUAGUGGUGCGUCCACUGAAAUUUAUCUAUGCAAACAUGGAAGGUGAUGCUUUACAUAGCCUUAGGACGAACUUAGAAGAUCCAAACAAUGUGCUGCAGAGUUGGGACCCUACUCUUGUCAACCCUUGUACAUGGUUCCAUGUUACAUGCAACAAUGAUAACAGCGUUAUAAGAGUUGAUCUGGGGAAUGCUGCUUUAUCAGGUCAAUUGGUACCACAGCUUGGUCAGCUGAAGAAUUUACAGUACCUGGAGCUCUACAGUAAUAAUAUAAGCGGUCCAAUCCCCAGUGAUCUUGGAAACCUGACUAAUUUAGUGAGCUUGGAUCUGUACUUGAACAGUUUCAAUGGUCCCAUUCCAGAUACAUUGGGCAAGCUUUCUAAAUUGCGCUUCCUCCGUCUAAAUAACAACAGCUUGACGGGCCCAAUCCCCUUGUCAUUGACAAAUGUCUCAUCAUUACAAGUGCUGGAUCUAUCCAACAACCGUCUUUCAGGGGCAGUUCCAGAUAAUGGUUCCUUUUCUCUAUUCACGCCUAUCAGUUUUGCUAAUAACUUGGAUCUAUGCGGUCCAGUUACGGGACGGCCUUGCCCUGGAUCUCCUCCAUUCUCUCCACCGCCUCCAUUUGUUCCACCACCCCCAGUUUCUCUGCCAGGACAAAAUAGUGCCACUGGAGCCAUUGCUGGUGGGGUUGCUGCUGGUGCUGCUCUGCUCUUUGCUGCCCCGGCCAUUGCGUUUGCAUGGUGGCGGCGGAGGAAACCAAAGGAAUAUUUCUUUGAUGUACCUGCUGAAGAGGACCCUGAUGUCCAUCUGGGGCAGCUAAAACGAUUCUCUCUUCGAGAGUUACAAGUUGCGACAGAUACUUUCAGCAAUAAAAACAUUCUGGGAAGAGGUGGCUUUGGAAAAGUAUACAAAGGACGGCUAGCUGAUGGUUCACUUGUUGCUGUAAAAAGGCUCAAGGAGGAGCGGACUCCUGGUGGGGAGCUCCAAUUUCAAACCGAAGUUGAGAUGAUCAGUAUGGCAGUGCAUCGAAAUCUCCUUAGACUGCGUGGAUUUUGUAUGACUCCAACUGAACGCCUGCUAGUUUAUCCAUAUAUGGCUAAUGGAAGUGUUGCAUCAUGUUUAAGAGAACGCCAACCAAAUGAGCCACCUCUUGAUUGGCCCACACGGAAACGCAUUGCUUUGGGAUCUGCAAGAGGACUAUCUUAUUUGCAUGAUCAUUGCGACCCAAAGAUCAUUCACCGUGACCGGGCGUUUGAUCUAGCUCGCCUUGCAAACGAUGAUGAUGUCAUGUUGCUUGAUUGGGUCAAAGGACUUCUCAAAGAAAAGAAAUUGGAAAUGCUGGUUGAUCCUGAUUUGCAGAACAAUUAUGAGGAGUCAGAGGUGGAACAGCUAAUCCAGGUUGCUCUGCUUUGCACUCAGAGCUCUCCUAUGGACCGGCCCAAGAUGUCGGAUGUGGUGAGAAUGUUAGAAGGCGAUGGCUUGGCUGAACGCUGGGACGAGUGGCAGAAAGUUGAAGUUCUUCGCCAGGAAGUUGAACUUGCUCCGCAUCCAAGUUCAGAUUGGAUAGUUGAUUCAACAGAAAAUCUACACGCAGUCGAGUUGUCGGGUCCAAGGUGA